AUGUCGAUGCUAGAGGCGAACGCCGUUUUUCUAUCAACUUUAGAGAUUUUCAAGGAUGGCAUGCUUGUCGUACUCAACACUCCCCGUCAGCCACGUUUUAAUGAAAUCCUAAAUUACGCGCUGGACACGAUCGAGCAAGUCUGCCCUUACUGGGAAACUGACCCGGAGGACCCCCUUUUCAGCGUCCUGUUUGGGCUUUUAGGGUCAUCUGAUAGAUACCAUAUCCUGACAUCUUUAAAGAUUUUGAUUCUCUUCUCGAUGGAACUUGAAACGAUCAAACGUCUUCAGGGCAUCCCAGAUGAUAAAAUUAAUAUGCUCAUGAGCUAUACACUACUCGAACAGGACAAGGAACUUCUUUCGGGAACUCUUGACUUCUUCUAUCAGUACACAGCAAUUCCGGAAAAUGUCGAAGAGCUUCUUAGAAAUUUCUCUCUUCCAACCACUCUUAUCCCUCGUUUGACUAACCUCCUCUUAUUUGAGGGUGAACGGGACGUCAACGAGAUAGUGGAUCAAGAAGAAUGCAAGGCACCCGCCGCAAGUAGUAUUCCUAUAGUGCCACCAGAUCUCCAUUCCAUGCUAUUGCAACUCCCCGAACCUGAACGCUGCUCUCGUUGGCUCAAAUGCUGCUUCAUCGAAGAUCCAGAGUGUGACAUCACCCAACUUGCUCUCUGGCACGCUUAUCAGAAUUGUUUCGCGGAUGAGCGAGUGCCUGGUGUAAGCACUCUUCCGGCGGCGGAGUUUAUCAACACUGUUAGCCGCACAUUCUCAUCAGCGCAAGCGCAGGUUGUUACCGGCCCAGUAGCCAAAUUCAUCAUUAGAGGCAUCCGUCCUCUUGAGACAUCUUACGACCUAAAUGGAUAUCCAUACCGCCAGUGCAAAUGGAACGUUCCCAAUGGUCAAUGCAGGGUCUCAUUCGUUGAUCCCGCGAAACUCAAGGAGCACGUUUUCCGCGAGCACAUGUUACUCAACCCGGCUGAUCUAGGGAACUUGCAAGAUGCGCGACGUCCUACCAACAUUUGUGCCUGGGAUACAUGCAAGGACUACGAAAUUCCGACGAUCAACACUGCCCGUGUCGCCGGCCACGUUUCCACCCACCUUCCACCGUUGCAGGAUAUGAGCUCACCCCCGCCGCCUCCCCCACGCAAAAUUAUCCAGCCAAAACUCACACGACUCUUCGAUUACUACCCCUACUCCUAUCGAUGA